UGUGUCUAUAUCUUAUGCUUUUGUGAAAAGAUUCUGUGGAAUUUGAAUGUCCUUAAAGAGUAUUUAAGAAAAGCAACCAUUAUAUUGCAAAUUUAUUCGAUAGAUGCAAGAAAUAUAACGAAUUAAGGAAACAUGCUAAACACAGAUUUUAUAUGUAUGUAGUGCACCUUCAAAAGGCCAAGGUGAGCAACUGAUGCGAUCCCCAGGCUGCAUACUGCGAAGGCGAAUCAAUCAUGACAUGUUGUUUCUUGGAAGUUGUUUUUCUUCAAGUUCCUCAAUAACGAAUCCUUUUAUGUUACGAAAAGCAUGCAUUUGUAGUUCUUCAGAAGACCUGCGUGACACCAGCCAGAAAGAGCACAACAUCUUCAAAUAAACAUUUCUAAGGAUGUCAACUGAGAAUGCUGAAAACCUUUCUGUUCAAUCGUUUGCUGCAGUUGAAAGACAGACAACGCUUCCCAAGGCUAAAACCGCUGAUAUCCAAGUUGAUGUGGAAAAGUGUCGACAUUUGCUCUCAGACACAGGACAUAACGAGCGUGUUAGCUUGGCCCUAAAACUUGACGGAGAGAAGUCGGCCAUAAAAUUAAUGAGAAGUUGUCUAGAGUCAAAUGACUUCCAUAGCGUCUGGAAAUCUUGUCAUGGAUACCAGAAUGCUGCCCUUGGAUUCCUGAUGUACAUUGCUUCAGCACAACAAAAUGCUACUCUAAGGUAUCUUAAAUCUCUCACGAGUAAUCGGUUUAAACAGCUGAGAGAAGAAAUAGAUAAAGCUGUAACAGCCGGGGUACAACUUGAUACCAGAUUAUAUGAUAUCCCAUUCGAGUGGCUUGACAAGUUUGCGUCAGUUAUCUCACGCGCUGAAAUGCCGGAAAACCAAUAUUUGCAGCCGACUUGGCAAUUUUUGGCAGGGAACGCUGGACUUGACCAAACAACAAUUAACAAUUUAGAAGCACCCGCCGUCGCACGUAAAGACUUGACGCUAGGACUGAUAAUAUUCCUUACACAGUCCGCACCCAGCACUACUGUGGCUUGGCUUGCCAUUCAUCUAAAAGAGAUUGGAAUGAAUAAUGUCCUACUGAAAGAGAACAUGUUCAAUAAGUGCUUUGAAGAACACUGCAUAAGAAGUGUGGAAAAAGAGAAUACGGAUGGGUUUGAAGAGUUUAAUGGUGACUUGUGCUAGUUUCAGCCAUAACUGUCUUUCUGUAGUUAUUUUUUCCGAUUUUUCCUGUUUUAAGCAACUUUAGUGUAUGUAUCACAAUGACAUUAAGUUUUAUAUUAUUGAUAUUCUAUUGACGUGGCUUUUUGAGACAGGUUUGACUGCAAAGAUUUUCCCCACAAUUGUUGCAAGUAACAGCUGUUUCUGUUUUUCGAAAAUCAUUGAUAAUUGCCUCGAAAAAGUUAGCACUACUUACAGACGAAGUCUGGUGGCUAUCUAAAUUCCUAUUGGAUGCAUUUUACAGUAGGCUAUUGUUAAUUUUGCAUCGGCAACUCGAAAGAACACGAGCCUCAAAGAUUGGUUAAAAGUUAAGAACAAAUUAAGAACAAGCUGAGGCUGAGCUACUGUGAUAUGAAAUUUUUAGCAACGUUUUAUCUCAAAAACGAAGAUGCAAAAUUGACACUCUUUAGAGUUUAAAGCGUCAGAACAUACACUUACGUUCAAAAAAUAUUGGGACACACUUCGAAAUUUCGAAGACAUUUUAUGCAACAAACUUGGAAAGACUUUUUUAAAAUCUUUCUCAUUAAAUAAGUACAGCAGCUAUUUCCAUGAAACUUUUACAAUACAUUGUUGAUGUUUUGACGCAUUUUAUGUACGCCAAACAAUUAAAAAAACAUCGACCAUAAAAUUUCUAUAGGCCUUGAGACGAAAACCUGGAGGCUCUUGAAAUUCAAGAACUGAGUUAAGAGAAGCGCUUACAAAUUGCUUUCUACUAAAAUAAAGCAAAUGAAUUUCGUUAAAUUGCAUCAAUUGUCGGUUGCUCAAUGAGUGCAGCUUUUCUGGUGUGUAAAAAGAUUUUCCGUACAAGAUCAGAAAAAAAUUUACCAAGGGAUGGCAGACCGAAGAAGUUUACGACGCCGUGGGACGAAAGAUCUUUACUGAUCUGGGAACUGCGAAGUAAUAGGUUUGAAUCCUUACUAGAAAUUGUGUUGUCAUGUAAAAAGAAGCUAAAUGUUGGAACAUAAGCAAAAAUAUGGCUAUAAAAAUCAUGAAAAAAUACAAAUUUUUCAGCUUUAUAGGAAAAAAAUGCUCUCUCAUAACAAAAAUUAAACAUCGCUGACGAAUACAAUGGAUUCUCCUUGAAUGUUACGCAGUUUCAAAAUGGACUCGAGUAAAUGCAAUAAUUUAAUAAAUUUGUAGCAUUUUCGUUGAUGUAGCAAACUUUAUUUGAAGAAUAAAAUUUUGAUUUUGUAAUUUCUUUUAUAAAUUUCUUUGUUAUGCAAACGUGAAAUUAAAAAGUUGAAUUUGUUUGGACAUCUCUAAAAUUUUGUGAAGGUCAUGUGACUUUGCUGUUAUUAGGCCAUUCAACCCUUCUGAAUAUUUUGUUGUUAUAUUCAGGAAAAUCUUAAGAAUCCUAUGUUUUCAAGGUUAUAAUUUAUAAGUUGAAGCAUUUUCUUAACUUUUUAUUCCACUUUGGGGAUACGUAGGCCUAGAUUAUUUGGAGAAAGACUACCCAAAUCUGAAAAAGUUUCCGUUGCAAAACCGAAUCCAACGCAACGCCAUAAUUCGUUUAUCGAAUUUGUCCCAAUACUUUUUGAACGUAAGUGUAGAUUGAAAACUCUACGCUAGAAAAUACAUAUACCCACUUUCGAUCCAUAACUGGGUUUUUAUAUUUCCUAGCGUAGAAUUUUCGACCUAUGUACUGACGUUUUAAACUCUGAAGAGUGUCAGACGAAAAGCUUUAGUUUACUCAGAUGCUUGCCUUUUCUCAAAGCCAUUUUCAAGUUUUGUAACACCAAAAGAUUGUUUCCAAAGUUUAGCUUCGAAAAUGUUUAACUUCUGCCAGGCAUUAAUUUAAGGAAUUUCAUCACUGCACAAAAAAAACGUAGGUUUUGAUUUAACCUCUUUUUGACGGACCAACAAUGUUUACAUUGUUUUCAGGGACUUUUCAGUGUAAUUUGGCCUAGCUACAGCUACCACUGAUUAUGUAUAAAUCUUACCAGAACAUAUCAAACCUGGCAAAAAGAAAACAGAGUAGCAAACCUAAUAACAGGGAAUUUUUUCUUCAUUUCCACCCUAUGGAGUCAAUAUAGUAUUUAUUUGUGAAUGGUGGAAAUGGAGUGGAAUGCAAUUACUGUGUUUGUAAGUUAUUGAUUGAUCCUUAAAAGGCAAAUCAACUGUUUCUCGCUGUUUCUUUUCAUAAGAUGCUGUUUUCAGACACUUGAUCUCUAAUCAUGUUACAUAUUUCAAUGUUCUAAAAACUGUCCAAAGCACAGCCUUACUGUAUAUUACUUACUUUUUAUGUAAUAUGAGGUUCGUUUAUAUAAUACAAAUCCGUAACUGCUACUAAUCUUUCAAAACUAUACCUGGCUAGCUUUAUGGAUACCCAAACAAAAAAAAUGUUCAUCCAAAUAUAAAACAAAGAUAGAAAUGGUAUUCAUUCCAAUUAUUGUGGCGUAUUGUAUUUCAUACAAAAGAAGAGAAGCAGGCCAUCAUUUGAUGGUGGUAGUGGUAUUGGGUCUUUAUGGCCAUGCAAUGCAAGAAAUCCAAAGUUGUCGGAGGCCCUAGGAUUAUCUGACAGAAGAAGCUUAACAGCAGGAAAUUUUGUGUCCACACCCGUUAUAUUAUCUUAAAAUAUAUUUCUGAAUAUUUCUAGCAGGUAUUUUCAAGGCAUUGCAGGUAUUUUUUUCACGGCAUGCUUUUAUUACAUUUGAUCAAUUCCAGUCUUAAGAUUUACAUAAUUACUUUAUAAGAACCCACAGACCUUGGCUUAUUCCUUGGAAUCUUAGCAAUAACAGGAUUUAUUGCACUAUUCUUUUUAUCUAUUUCUUUUCCAGUAUUCUUUCUAUUUUCUUAAAAAACACUUUUUGCAUUAUGAAGUGUGUUUGUGAUUAACUGUAUAUUAUUUUUAUUGUUAAAGCUGGUUUUAUUUUAGUUGAGUUUCACACGUAGGUUGAAUAUAUUAUUUUAGUUGACUCUUGAUUA